CCUUCAUGUCACAUGACGCUCGCCCCCGGUAGUCGCUCCCGGUAGUCUCGCGGUGACAGCUUUGAUCAUCCGUAGAAAAGAAAGGAUUUGCAAAUGGAGGUGGCAGAAAUGAUCAUUAUUUGAACGACAAAAAGGUACAUUUGGCCAUGUCUGAAUCUCUGUAUGAGAAGUUUUUGGCCCCGGAGGAGCCUUUCCCUCUCCUCUCCCAAAGAGCCAACCUCAGUGAUGUGGGAACGCUGGACGUCAGUGACUUUGGCUGUCAACUCUCAUCUUGUCACAGAACAGAUCCUCUACACCGCUUCCACAGUAACAGGUGGAACCUUACUUCCUGUGGAACCAGUGUAGCCAGCUCAGAGUGCAGCGAGGAGCUCUUCUCCUCUGUGUCUGUGGGGGAUCAGGACGACUGUUACUCCCUUCUGGAUGACCAAGAACUAACAUCUCUGGACCUGUUUCCAGAGGGCAGUGUUUGCAGCGACGUCUCCUCCUCUAUCAGCACCUACUGGGACUGGUCCGACAGCGAGUUUGAGUGGCAGUUGCCAGGAAGUGACAUUGCCAGCGGCAGUGAUGUCCUUUCUGACAUCAUCCCGAGUGUGCCAAGUUCACCCUGUCUGUUUUCCAAGAGGAAGCCUAAGCCCCACCCCCAUCGCAACCUGGAUGAGUUACCAUGGAGUGCCAUGACCAACGAUGAACAAGUGGAGUACAUCGAGUACCUGAGUCGGAAGGUCAGCACAGAGAUGGGCCUGAGAGAGCAGCUGGACAUCAUCAAGAUCAUCGACCCCUGUGCUCAAAUCUCUCCCACAGACAGCGAGUUCAUCAUAGAGCUCAACUGUCUCACGGACGAGAAACUCAAACAGGUGCGUAACUACAUCAGAGAGCACAGUCCCAGGCAGCGGGCCAGCAGCACCAGAGAGAGCUGGAAGAGGAGCAGCCACAGCAGUGCCAGCACCGGCGGAGUCAGCGGAGCCAGCAGCAGUAACGCCAGCAUGGUCAGCUCCUCGAGCUCCUCCACUGGCUCUACAGCCUCCAAUUCCGUAGCAGGUGGCACAGCGUCAGCCUGUAGCGGAAGCAGUGUUGCCAACAUUAGCAGAGCUCACAGUGAUGGAAACCUUUCCAGUGCUGCAGAACGUAUACGAGACUCUAAAAAACGUUCGAAGCAGCGGAAGCUUCAGCAGAAAGCCCUGCGGAAGCGGCAGCUGAAAGAGCAGCGACAGGCCCGCAAGGAGCGUCUGAGUGGGCUGUUUCUGAACGAGGAGGUGAUGUCGCUGCGAGUGACGGAGGAGGACGACCACGGUGACGACCUGGACAUACUGAUGUGACACCAGUGAAUCAAUCAGUGCUCCCUCUAUGCCUGCUCUCUCACCUCCCAGCCACUACCACAGAGCUUAUAGACCGCGCUAGUCCAGAUCACUGCAUGUGUUCGCUUUGAGUAGGCAAACGUGCUCAUGAUGCUCAUAAAAAAAAGUAAUGUUUAAUAGCUUGUAGUAGCCUCUAACAUAGUUUGACAUAUUGCUUGCUAAUACUAGUAUAGUACCGCUAGUGCUAAAACUGAUAGUUGCUGCAAUCACUACUAAGCUAGCUACAGCAAUAAUACUGCUAAUGCUUCGAUACUGACCUCAGUCUAGCCUGCUUAUAGCCAGUACAAAUGCUGAACCUCGAGCCUCGCAGAUACACAUAAAUAUAUGCUAUUAAUGACAGUUAUUUCAGCUUAAUACAGUUAACAAGAGGAUUGCUUAAAGAUGCUAUAACAGCGUAUAUCCACUGCUGCUAAUACAGCCACCACUGGCAGAAGGAAAGAUCAGGCAAGAGAAGCAGAGUUUGUCCACGUUAUGCAGACGCUGCUCUGUGCAAAAACCAGGUGAUGGCAACAAGUUUUAUUUCUUCAUAACAUACAGGAACAGCUAUAUGCAAGUUGGCAGUAUUUUGACGUUUUCACCCAUCAGCCUACACAUCCAUCCAUCCAUACUCUACAGGGCUAUAUCUGCACUGGCCAAACUCUGUUCAUCUGCAGCUCUAGUUUAAACUGCAGGAGGUAAUGUUACAGCAUGAGGCCUACAAAAUGGCUUGAGUGCAAAGUAUUAUCGGUAUCAAUUUUACCGUGACAGCAGAUUUACUGUAAAUAUGAGUGCCCUCACAGGGACACGUCCGGGGAAAACUACACAAAAAUCUUGAAACCUUGCAUUCGAACCGACGCAACUUCUCUAAAUGUUGAAUAAUAAUCAUUUCUCUUAUAAUGUUAAAUGAAUGCUUGAAGCCUAAUUCAGAGUUGAAUUUUAAGGGGAAAAUAAUUGAUACUGCUGAAAAUCAUCCUCCAAAACUAACAGAUACAUCCGAAAUUAAGAGGUUCCUGAUGUGGAAACUGAAGUAAAAGGAAGUGAGCUGGUCUGUCUUUCUAUCUGCUGAGUGUUGUGGUCCCAUUUCACUCUUAAGGCUUAGAGGGAGCACUGAAACAGUGCAUGUUUAAAUCGUCACCCACACUGUCCCUGUGUGGUCCAAUAACUGACAACUUUGCUGUUUAAAAAUAGCUUAUGUGUUGUAAAUAAAUGAUAAAUAACAGCAUAUUUACUGCUUGCUUUAAGGUUUUCCUUGGUGAUAAAGGUUUGAUAUAAGUUUUUUCCCCCCUCUAUGUAUAUAUAUUAUGACAAGGUAGUGAACUAAUUGGUUGUCAUAGCUUAAUGCUGUCAUUUGCAGUAUUUUGAGUCUUAUUUUGAAGCAUUUAGCUGUUUUGUUACUUGAGUUUGGUCGUCGUCUCAGACAUCUUUUGAACUCUGACUUUGUCCUCUUUGUUUCUCUGCCAGCACUCCUACUGUAAUUUUCCCUGAGACAGACCGAAAUAAUCACAGGUUCUCCAUCGCUUCUGUUUACAUUUUUUGAAUCAUGAGUUUUUAAGCAUUUGAGCGUUGGUAAAGUCCUACAAGAAGUUUUUACAGAUCACAUUGUGUCUGUCCACGUACUGUAUGGCUGGUUUGACCUUGCCGCAAAACUUGAGCUUCUUAGGAAUGCGCAUCUAACAUCGAGCCAUUAACUCCGCUUUCAGAAGUGUUUAUUUUGCUCCAUUAAGAUAUUUAAUAUCUAACAGCUUUUUGUGGAGUUGUAGCUACCAUGCCGUUUUCAUAUUUGCUAGAAGUAGCAACCUGAGAUAUUGUUUCUUUUGUUUUUUGUUUUUCUGUCUACCUUUGUAAGAAACACUUUCCCACAGAUUCUCAGCUGUAGCGUGAUGAACCACUGCAGUUAUUGGCUUUACUGUCAUUUCUAAUACUUUAUGUGUACUGAGCUUUAGCUCUUGUCUCUGUCUCAUGUAUAAAGCUAUUAAUUACAGCCAUUAUGUUAAAUGCAGCUUUAUGUAUUCUGUAGUUAUGAAUUAGUAAAACUCUAUUUUGAAAAAUAAGAUAAUUUUGGAAAAAAAAAUUAAAAAUAAGCCAGUGUGAUGCAACAAAGUUAUUUGUGUAUAUAAGGUACCAUUUAAUUGCUGAACAUGAAUGAUAUUUAACUGAUUAAAUAUGGUUUAAAAAAAGGUUUUAGUGUAACCCGAUCGUUUUGUCUGGGAAAAUUCCCUCAGUGUCAUUGUUUGAAUUAUUUUACACCAGACACCUGUUGAGGUAAAAACAUUUAACUGUCAGCUACAAUAACAACAGUGUUACAUUAGUUCCCUACAGCCCACUGUGGAGCAGUGCUGCCUGCAGUUGUCCCUUGUGUUAUCACUGGCUGAAGUGUAUUGAAUACCAGAGAUGCCACAUUGGUGCAUCAGGCAGGUCUGUGUGCAGUCCACUCAGUGGUUCUGAUUCACUGUAAACUUAACAAAUAAACUGACGUUGUUGCAUCCUA